AUGACACUACCCAACCUACCAAACUACUCCCCGCGGCCAUCAUCUGGCCCCGCUGAUGACCCCGUCGACUGUGCCAAGCCGAUUUGUAGCAGCUCCAAGCUGUACGAAGACACGACCGCCGACAUCAUUUUGAGUUCCGCAGGGGUCCAACAUGACGUGGCAGCAGCAGCCGCUAAUCUUAAGACCGACCCACUGUGGCUCGCCAUAGCCGACAUGUUUGACUUGUCAGAGUUGGAGUACAUUGAAGAGCGCCCGCCGGGCCGACUGCUAUCUGAAUCGAUGGCCCAGUCCAAGAUGGCGUUCGUGGCAGAAGCCACCACCAUGCUCGGCUAUGCUGUGGGCGGCGCCUCGACGCAGCUCCGGGCGCGGUACGCUGAGGCCAUAAAUCACGUGUUUGCCGAGUUGCCAUCAUCGCAGCCCCCGCCGUCGUCCUUAUCCCUGCAGCCAUUGCAGCUCCCGUCAACUUCCAAACCCAAGAAGCGCACGAACCUGUCGACCGACGCCAAGCGACUGCUUCGGACGUGGUUUGACGCCAACUUUCACCACCCGUACCCGACGGAAGAGGAAAAGGACCGGUUUCGACGGGAAGGCGGCAUCACGAUGGACCAAGUGAACAACUGGUUUAUCAAUACGCGGGUGCGGGAGUGGAAGCCCAAGCUGCACAAGAUCCUCACCGACUCGAAUACUGCCGUGUUGGACGAAAUGCUCGUCAAAGUCAAGGCCCCGUACCAAACCCACGAGUUCAUCUAA